AAUCUCUUUUUAUUUUGGUGACGCUCCAUCCCCUCAUUUCUGUGAGUCGUUUCCCCUCUCAACCAUCUAUUAACCCUCUGUCUCUCUCUCUCUCUCUCAUGGCGGUCGCUGCAGAAACACAAUCUGAAGAGAAGGGGUCUUCAGAGGUUUCGGCAGCAGAGAAACGACGGUGGACCUUGAACGAUUUUGACAUCGGAAAGCCUCUUGGAAGAGGAAAGUUUGGUCAUGUCUAUUUGGCCAGGGAAAAAAAGAGUAAUCAUAUUGUAGCACUGAAGGUACUCUUCAAGAGCCAGCUGAAACAGUCUCAGGUUGAGCAUCAGCUGCGCAGGGAGGUUGAAAUACAGAGCCAUCUACGACACCCAAAUAUCCUACGCCUCUAUGGAUAUUUCUAUGAUCAGACACGAGUUUAUUUGAUAUUAGAAUAUGCAGCCAAGGGUGAGUUAUAUAAAGAACUUCAAAAAUGCAAAUACUUCAGUGAAAAGCGUGCUGCCACUUAUAUUUCAUCGUUAGCGAGAGCCUUGAUAUAUUGUCAUGGAAAGCAUGUCAUACACAGAGAUAUCAAACCAGAGAACCUUUUGAUUGGUGCACAGGGUGAACUGAAAAUUGCAGACUUCGGAUGGUCUGUUCACACAUUUAACCGUAGGAGAACAAUGUGUGGUACACUGGAUUACCUUCCACCUGAAAUGGUUGAAAGUGUAGAGCAUGAUUCAAGUGUGGACAUCUGGAGCCUUGGCGUGUUGUGCUAUGAAUUCCUUUAUGGGGUGCCACCUUUUGAGGCAAGGGAACACUCGGACACAUACCGAAGGAUAAUAAAAGUGGACCUUAGGUUCCCUCCAAAACCUAUAGUUUCUUCUUCUGCAAAAGACCUCAUCAGUCAGAUGCUUGUCAAAGACUCUUCACAGCGUCUCCCGCUGCACAAGCUCCUUGAGCACCCAUGGAUUGUUCAAAAUGCAGAUCUGUCGGGUAUAUUUAGAGGUUGAUUUUACAGGGACAUCAUGCUGUUCUCUUUUCCUUUGUUCUUCAGUGGUGUGUGAAUCAGUGGAUAAUGUGUAAAUUUUUUCCCUUCUUUUGGUUCCCGGGGAUAGGUCCAGCUGGUUACAAGUCUCAAAUGACUAAUGGACCAGGAAUUCUCCACUUCUAUCAAGUACCUGACGGCUCUUUUGUUGGGUCUCCUAGAUGAAGCAAUAACUUCAUAUAAUGUACCUCUAAGUACAAUAAUUCAAGAUUUUAUUAUGUAUUGAAAUGAUUUUCUA